AUGUUGCUGUCCCUCUCGGACAUCAUCCUCUUUGGCACUCUCAUUGUGAACGGGGCCGCGAUUCUCAACUUCAAACUGCCCUCAACAGAGCACUCCUUUGAGGAACCCUCGGACGGUCUCAAGAGCAAGCUCUUCGACCUUUUGCGCAACCUCAGGCUUCUUCGGGUGUUCGUCGCUCUCUGGAACGUCGUUGUGCUCUUUCUCAUGAUUGUUGGAGUGGAGCGGAGAGGAGGAGCAAGAGUGUGUGAGGCGUGUGGCGCAUUGCCGGUAAUGUUUCGAUGCGACACCACUAAAGAGGGGCGAGAGUAG